AUGCAAUAUCAACAUAGUGGAAAUUACCAAAAUCAGCAAGGUCAACAUCAAUUUUAUAAUGGGCAAGGUCAGGGUUAUCCAAACAACCACCCACAACAGCCUGCAUAUUAUCCUAAUCAACCUAAUCAACCCCAACAAAUAUUUCAUGUACAGCAACAACAGCCUCAGCCACCAUAUACCGAUGCAGAAGAUUCAGAAGCUAAAGGAUUUGAAUUUGAUGAUCAAUUAAUCCGUAGGGGAUUUAUUAAAAAAAUUCAACUUUUUGUUACUUUUGGGAUUAUUUGUUGGUUCGUUUACCAUGAGCCAACAAACAGAUGGGCUAAAGAUGCGAUUAUCUUUUGGAUUGUCUUGCUGGUAGCUUUCAUUAUUGUCACAAUUGUCUUGUCAUGUUUCGAUGAAAUUAGAAGGAAAACUCCGUUAAAUAUUAUUCUUCUUGGGAUUUAUACUAUUUUAAUGGGGUUGCUUUUGGGAGUUACUGCAGUUUUUUAUGAUAGCUUUGAAGUUGUUUUGGCCAUUGGAAUAACAAUAGUCGUGACAAUUGCAUUGACGAUCUUUGCCUUUCAAACUAAAUGGGACUUCACAACAAUGGGAGGAAUUUUAUUUGUUUCACUAAUUGUUUGUUUAUUGCUUUUGAUUUUUGGAAUAAUAUUCCGUAGUGAAAUCUUAGUUAUUGUUAUUGCAUCGGUAGUGGCAUUAAUUUUCUGUAUUUACUUGGUUUAUGAUAUACAAAUGAUGAUGGGUGAGUUUGAUUACUUAGAAAAAAAUGAUCGCAGUCAAAUAAAUAAACAAUGA